AUGGCCGACGAAACGGUUCAGACCCUUCUCCAAUUUGAAGGUCAUCGGCACCUCACAACGCGCCUACUUCUCUCCACACUCACCGGCCGCCCGAUUCGCAUCUCGAAAAUCCGACCUUCCUCGACACGCCCAGGUCUCACACCAUACGAAACGAACUUCAUUCGCCUCCUCGACUCAAUCACAAAUGGCGCGCAAAUUCAAUUUUCCAUGACCGGUACCACCCUCGUCUACCGACCAGGCCUCAUUACAGGCAGCGCAGAGGGUCUAGGAGCUAUGGGCGGGGUGAUCAGGCAUGAGAUACCAAGAGAGUGCAGCAGGAGAGGCGCAAGUUGGUGGCUGAUACCACUCGCAUUGCUUGCGCCCUUCGCAAAAGACAAAUUGAACGUUGUACUGCACGGUGAGGGCUGCGUGACGAGUAGUACCCCGGCGGGCGAUGUCAGCGUGGACUCGGUUCGGACAGCCAUACUACCGCUAUAUAAGAGUUUCGGCAUUGAGAGGAACAUAGAGCUGAGAGUUCUUAAGCGCAGUUGUGCGCCUGGCCAGGGGAAGAGUGCUGGAGGUGAGGUGCAGCUUGUGUUCGGACACCAGGUGCGGUUACCGAAGACGCUGCACCUCAUGAACAAGGGACGUGUGAAGAAGAUUAGAGGUGUGGCAUACGCAGUCGGAGUCAGUGGAUCGAACAAUGCGCGUAUGAUUGAGACCGCGAGAGGCGUCCUGAACAAGUUCGUGCCCGAUACCUACAUCUUCUCGGACGUGUCGAAAGCACCACUCAUCUCCGGAAUGGUGUCGAAAUCAGAUCCAAACGGCAAGACGAAGGGCGCCGUAGGGUUCGGGCUCAGUCUCGUGGCGGAAAGCUCAACGGAUUGUAUUUACUCAGCGGAUGUGGCGAGUCCGCCGCAGGGAGGCGUUACGCCAGAAGACUUGGGCAAGCAGUGUGCGUAUCAGCUGCUGGAGAAGAUAAGCGCAGGAGGCUGUGUAGAAGUCACCAGCACGGAAACGGUGCUAUUACUCAUGGCGAUGGGGAGUGAGGACGUCGGGAGGGUGUGCUUGGGACGGGAUGUCCUGGGUACGGAAGAAGUCGUGCAACUGGGAAGGGAUGUCAAGGUUUUCACUGGAGCUGCGUGGGGCUUCCGAAGUAAGGGCACAGCUGAUGGAGAAGAUGAGAUCGUGGUUAGUGUUGUUGGCAGAGGUGUGGGCAAUGUGGGUAGGAAGGUUGCUUGA